AAUCUUAUCUUUCAAAUAAUAAUUAUCUUUUAAUUACCCAACGAGUUUUCCUGUUUUUGGCGGACUGAUAAACGUUCUGUUUGUUUUGAUGUACAUUUGGGACCAGUAAAAAUGAAGACGGAAGCCGCUAGAAAGGUUACACUUAAAAUAGGAGGACAAGAAACACAUGAAAAUUUGAAGAAUACUCGAAGGACCCUAUGUGUUUUGCAACAAGCAGCUACAGAUAAAGAGAAUUUGGUUGGACGUUCUCGUCCAGAAAAAAGUAUCAAGUUGUCUUCAGAAAUCAUAAAACAUACAACCUUCUCGGAUAAAGGAGUCCAGACUGACGCUGUUGUUACUGCUGCAGAUUUGACUUCAGAUGAUCCAGGUGUCGAUUAUUGGAGAAGACUUGCUGAAAAACGAGCUGAAGAUCUGGACAACAGUUUCAGAGAAAAUGAGAAAUUGAAAGCAGAUAUUGAAGCUCUACAAGAAGAAAACAAAAUAUGUAAAGCAAUGCUGGAAGAAUCUACAACAUUAGUGGAAAUAUUAAAAGAAGAGCUGUUGGAUAAAGACGAUGAUGAAGGAGCUGGAGAAGCAGAGGCUGACGAACCUGAGGAACAUUGAAAAUAAAUUAUAACAUUAAAAAUGUAUCAUCACUUGUUAGGUUAAUAUAUUUAAGAGAUUAAAAAUCAUUAAUUUGUAAA